AAAAAAAAUUAACCCUCAGCCUCAGAAUUCAGAGUCUCCAAGCGCCCCUUUGACCGCCGCCGCUAAGCCGAGCCGAGCAGCCAUGGACGGAUCUGCCGCCGCGCCGCUGCGCACGCGCGUCUGCAUCAUCGGCAGCGGCCCCGCCGCGCACACGGCGGCCAUCUACGCCGCCCGUGCGGAGCUCAAGCCCGUGCUCUUUGAGGGCUGGAUGGCCAACGACAUCGCCGCGGGCGGGCAGCUCACCACCACCACCGACGUCGAGAACUUCCCGGGCUUCCCUGACGGCAUCAUGGGCGCCGACCUCAUGGACCGCUGCCGCGCGCAGUCCCUCCGCUUCGGGACCAAUAUCCUCUCCGAGACCGUCACCGCCGUCGACUUCUCCGCGCGCCCCUUCCGCAUCGCCUCCGACUCCACCACGGUCCUCGCCGACGCCGUCGUCAUCGCCACCGGCGCCGUCGCGCGCCGCCUCCACUUCGCCGGCUCUGACGCCUACUGGAACCGGGGCAUCUCCGCCUGCGCCGUCUGCGACGGCGCUGCCCCCAUCUUCCGGAACAAGCCCAUUGCCGUCAUAGGCGGCGGCGACUCCGCCAUGGAGGAGGCCAACUUCCUCACGAAGUACGGCUCCCACGUCUACAUCAUCCACCGCCGGAACACCUUCCGCGCCUCCAAGAUCAUGCAGGCAAGGGCGCUUGACAACCCUAAAAUCCAGGUCGUAUGGGAUUCUGAGGUCGUCGAGGCAUACGGCGGCGCGGGCGGCGGUCCAUUGGCUGGCGUCAAGGUCAAGAACGUGGUGACCGGUGAGGUCUCGGAUCUUCGGGUGGCCGGCCUCUUCUUCGCCAUCGGGCACGAGCCGGCGACCAAGUUCCUUGGUGGGCAGCUCGAACUCGAUUCUGAUGGAUAUGUGGCAACCAAGCCGGGCUCCACGCACACCAGUGUGAAGGGGGUCUUCGCUGCUGGGGACGUGCAGGAUAAGAAAUAUCGCCAGGCCAUUACUGCCGCUGGAUCAGGGUGCAUGGCCGCUUUGGACGCUGAGCACUACCUACAGGAGGUCGGUGCGCAGGAGGGCAAGUCAGAUUGACUGUAUUUGGAUGUAGCAACCACCACCCCGUCGAGAAGCCAGAUACCGGUGCUGAAAGCUAAACUCUGAUGAGCGUUGUGCCAUGGGUUGUCCUGAUUGCAAAACUUGGAUGUUUCUACUGCUCUUUUUUUUUUUUUGUAGCGCACUAUUCUUCUCAUUAGAAAUCAGAAGUGUGAACUCUGAGCUUCUAUUGAUGUACUGGAAGUCGAUUGGUAUUUAUUACGUUGAACUUGUAUUGUUUUUGAUA